CUAAACGCUGAUCACACGUUAUCGCAUCCUAAACAUUACCCGGGAUACUACACCGACUCUCCCGACUAAAUGUGUCGUCAUGUCUUUCCGCUCAGCCGGGAGUGUCGCUAAGAACAAGAAGUUUUACAAGGGUUUGCUACCUUCCAAGGACGAAAAAGCGCAGCGUAGCAGUAACCCGCAGAGCCGGCGCGGCGGUGCUCAACCUCAGCCGCAUUCACGGAAGCGGGCCGCAGACGGGCGCUUCGCAGCAGAGCAGCACCAGCACCAGCAGCUAGAGGACCUCGAGGGUUACGUCGAGGAGACUGUCGAGGGUGCUGCCGGGGACCCGGGUGCUGCCGGGGACUCGGGAGCAGCGCUCAGGGACCACACGCGACAGACACGCAGAGACGCAAAACAGUCCCUCGCCCAAAGCCCACAGCUCACGUCGGCUUACCUGCGGGACUACGCGGAUGCUAGUGCUGCUCGUCAGCUGUUGCUGCAGUGCCAAGCAGCAGCAAUCACCGGCCUUGUGGAGGCGCGGGGCAGUGAGUGCCCCGAAUGCUGCGAGCCUUGCAACCUGACGCACAAGGUGCCGGUGGUGGUCGUCACUUGGGAGCAGCCGGUCAUCGUGGCCGUGCCGGUGCUAUGGUGCAAGCGCUGCUGCAAGUUCGUCAGCAUGCAGCCCACCGUUGUGGAUUGCCUGCCGGACACGCCAACAUCGUGGGACCUGACCAAACGGGCGGAGGGGCAGAUGGUGUUGUGGUGGCAAGCCACAACACUCCAGCAGUUCUCCCGCCUAUGCUACUCAAGUCGGCAUCAGAGCGCAGACGCAUUUGCAGCUGCCAUGUUGGAGGUAUGGCGGUUGAACAGCGUCUGGCCUCUCAGCGACUCAGCGGCAGCGGCAGCUCCGAAGCUGGGCAGGGACAAGCUACGGAAGCGCAUGCGCUACGCGCUCAACGCCUACUACCACCUGGAUGGCGUAGUACGUGACUAUCCGGAGGGCUUGGAGGGCUGGCCCGCCGCUGGCGCAGCCAACGCAUGCCCGUGCUGUGGUGAUAGCGCACACGCUGCAGCAUGCGACCGGGGGCUGGGGGCGGCGGCGGCUGCGGCGGCAGCCGCUGUGCCAAUGACUGCUGCCGCCCCUGCUGCAGCGGUGGCGGAGCCAGCUGCGGCACCAGCAGCCGCUGCAGACGUGGUUGCAGCUGGCGCGGAGCAAGGCGGAGACACCGGCAGGGAGGGAGGUGGGCGUGAUGGCGGCGCGGGUCCACUGCAGGGCAGGGGGCCAGGGGCGGCGGCGGCUGCGGCCGCUGUGCCAAUGACUGCUGCCGCCCCUGCCGCAGUGGUGGCGGAGCCAGCUGCGGCACCAGCAGCCACUGCAGACGUGGUUGCAGCUGGCGCGGAGCAAGGCGGAGACACCAGCAGGGAGGGAGGCGGGCGUGACGGCGGCGACGGUCCACUGCAGGGCAGGGGGCCGGGGGCGGCGGCGGCAGUUGCCAUCACCAUCACUGCCACCGCCUCAUCAGCUGCAUUUACUGUCAUCGCCACCACCGCAUCAGGCGCUGAGUCGAUGGCGGCAGUAGCAGCUGGUGGUGAUGGGCGUCAGGAGGCAGGCAGGGCAGGAAACCUAGGCGGGGAAGGUGGCCCUUCAACUGCAGUGCGGCGUGCAGACGCGGGGCAGCAGCAGGGCGGUGAUCCGGCGGCGCCUACACCUGCAAGUGCAGCCGCGCGCCCAGUGCUGAUGGUGCGGCUUAUCAUUCUGCCUCGUAGAGUUGCGGGUGGCUUGCUGCCGCUGCCUGGACGCUGGCUGUCUGUGGAGGAUGUGUUGGCGGGACCCGGCUGCAUUCAUUCCCUGCACUUUGAUGGCUGCUUCAAGCUGAACUUGCUGUCCAGGGGCAAGUUUCACUGUCAGCUGUACAAGCAGUGGGAGCGACGGCGCUACUUCCUGCACAACGGGGCGGUGAACGAGGUGGACGGGACCUGGGCGACAGACAACGGCCCGAGUCGUUGCUCCACCUUCCAUGCUGACCGCGUGCUGGCGUCGGAGAACAGCAAGAACCUGAUCACAGGAGCAGGAGCGGUGCUGUGUCGGCACGGCAUGCUGAUGCGCCUUAUGAACCUGUUUACGGGUGAGCGGCACAUCUACGCCAUUGCAGCCAUGUACUCCUUCCUCCGUGUGGGAACAGCGAUCCAGUUUUGGUGGUACGACAUUGCGUGCCGCUGGAGCAAGUCUCUCGCUAAAUGGCUUGCCGAGCCUGGGCGGAGCACCGCUGUAGUGGCGCUGGGCUGUGCCGUGAUGUGCCUCAUCCAGCCAUGGCACCGCUACGCGCACAACUUCGCUUGCCAAAAGGAGUUCGGGCAUACCCAACAGCCUGGGGUGGGUCGGGGCACGGGUGAGCCGGCAGAGGUGUUCAACAGCGUGGUGGGGCCGCAUGGGGCCGUGACGCGGUACAUGGCCCCUGCCAACCGCGAGGCGCACCUGGAGCACGUGUCCCGGCUGUACAGCGAUCAGGUGCUGCUCGGCUUGCCGGCACGCCUGUGGCGCGCUAGGCGCAAGGCGGCGCUCAUCGCGGGAACGAUGCGGGAACGCAUCGCUCAGCUGGAGGCCGCUCUCGGUGGCAAAAAGGAAGAGGUGCUGGCGCGUAUCAAGCAGCAGAUCGCACAGCGCACCCAGCGCCCAGAGGCUCCGCUCCCAGCUGAGCCGCUGCCCGCAAGAGCGCAGUAUGUGCGCAGCCGUGCGGUGGUGGAGAGGCUACAACGCCUGGACGCGGUGGAUGCCCCGGGAGAGGUGCCGCUGGACCUCCUGUACGGUGGUGCGGGCGACCUAACGCUACGACAACGUCCGCAGGUCAUCAAGUCCAUGAAGGAGCAGGCCCAGCGCCACGAGCAGGAGCACCCUGACUGGAAGCUGUGGGCGCCUUCUUCGCAGGACUUCCUUGCGGGCCUGCAUGCAGUGGCGGCCAGCGACCUGCAAGAGCUGUACGCGGAGAUUGAGGCGUCGGUACUGGACUACUACUGCCUGGAACAGCUGAUGUCGUCGCUGCAGUCGCGGAAGAAGGAGCAAGGCCUGGUGAAGAAGGAGAAGGACAAGGCCAUCGCUAAGAUUCGUGAGGCGUGGGACAAGGCCGUGCGGUGGAGCAAGUGGUGCCUUGCGCACCCGGUGGGCGGCACUCCUGACGCUGACGCUGUGAUGCAGCGGAUAACGGGGCAGGACGGGCGGGGCCGCGGGCCGGAUGCCGUGUUCAGCGAAGUGCUGCGCCAGGAUUUCCCAUGGGGAGUGUGCACCACAGAGGGUCCUAGCCCCCGUGUCGAGGCCACGUUACUGCGGUGCAUGCAUGAGCUGGCAAGGUGUUCAGAGGAAGAGUUGAUCAUUGAGAGCGAGGGAGAAUGUGCGGUGCAGUACUACAGGAAGCGCGUGGAGUGCUUGAAGCACCAUUUGCAGGCGGCAGUAGCUGACUCGUCCCAUGCCCUGCUGUUGCGAGAGCACAUGAGCGCACACGAGGCAAUGCUAUCAGCAUGGGAGGGCUUUGUGGGCGGUGAUGAGCCACCUGUUGACCGCAGCUACCUAGACUUCCAGGACGAUUAGGCGCGCCGUGGCAUGCCGUUGUACAUACUAUCGUAUGCCUGCUGUUGCCCUGGGAGGCCACGCGUGGUGGUGGGGCUAGGCUGGCGAUCAGCAACGCCGCGCGCACGUGUGCAAUGAACUGUGGUCAGGAAUGUGUAUUGAGUGCCCCAACGUCGCGUUGCUGUUGAGAGGCGGGCUGGACAGAAGACGAGGUGGUCCUGGUAGUAAA